AGGGCCGGCGUCCCGGUGCUGCCGCAGUGCCUCCCGCCCCGUCCCGGCCCCGCACCUGCUCCGGCCACGAUGAGCUUCGGCGGCGCGGACGCGCUGCUGGGCGCCCCGUUCGCGUCGCUGCACGGGGGCGGCAGCCUGCACUAUGCGCUGUCCCGCAAGGGCAGCACGCGCUCGGCGACCGGCUCCUCCAGCGGCUUCCACUCAUGGGCUCGGACCUCCGUGAGCUCCGUGUCCGCCUCACCCAGCCGCUUCCGCGGCGCCGGCGCCGCCUCGAGCACUGACUCGCUCGACACGCUGAGCAACGGGCCGGAGGGCUGCGUGGUGGCGGCGGCUGCUGCGCGCAGCGAGAAGGAGCAGCUGCAGGCGCUGAACGACCGCUUCGCCGGCUACAUCGACAAGGUGCGGCAGCUCGAGGCGCACAACCGCAGCCUGGAGGGCGAGGCGGCGGCGCUGCGGCAGCAGCAGGCCGGCCGCGCCGCCAUGGGCGAGCUGUACGAGCGCGAGGUGCGCGAGAUGCGCGGCGCCGUGCUGCGCCUGGGCGCGGCGCGCGGCCAGCUGCGCCUGGAGCAGGAGCACCUGCUGGAGGACAUCGCGCACGUGCGCCAGCGCCUCGACGACGAGGCCCGGCAGCGCGAGGAGGCAGAGGCGGCGGCCCGCGCGCUCUCCCGCUUUGCGCAGGAGGCCGAGGCGGCGCGGGCGGAGCUGCAGAAGAAGGCGCAGGCGCUGCAGGAGGAGUGCGGCUACCUGCGGCGCCACCACCAGGAGGAGGUGGGCGAGCUGCUCGGCCAGAUCCAGGGCUGCGGCGCCGCGCAGGCGCAGGCGCAGGCCGAGGCGCGCGACGCCCUCAAGUGCGACGUGACGUCGGCUCUGCGCGAGAUCCGCGCGCAACUCGAAGGCCACGCGGUGCAGAGCACGCUGCAGUCCGAGGAGUGGUUCCGAGUGAGGCUGGACCGACUGUCGGAGGCAGCCAAGGUCAACACAGACGCCAUGCGCACCGCGCAGGAGGAGAUAACGGAGUACCGGCGUCAGCUGCAGGCCAGGACCACAGAGCUGGAGGCUCUGAAAAGCACCAAGGAGUCGCUGGAGAGGCAGCGCUCGGAGCUGGAGGACCGUCACCAGGCCGACAUUGCCUCCUACCAGGAAGCCAUUCAGCAGCUGGACAAUGAGCUGAGGAACACCAAGUGGGAGAUGGCAGCCCAGCUCCGGGAAUACCAAGACCUGCUCAACGUCAAGAUGGCCCUGGACAUCGAGAUCGCUGCUUACAGAAAACUCCUGGAAGGCGAAGAGUGUCGCAUUGGCUUUGGCCCCAUUCCUUUCUCCCUUCCAGAAGGACUCCCCAAAAUCCCUUCCACGUCCACUCACAUAAAGGUCAAGAGCGAAGAGAAGGUCAAGAUGGUAGAAAAGUCAGAGAAGGAGACGGUGAUAGUGGAGGAGCAGACAGAGGAGAUCCAGGUCACCGAGGAAGUGACUGAGGAGGAAGAGAAAGAGGCAAAAGAGGAAGAAGGGGGAGAGGAGGAAGAAGCCAAGUCUCCCACAGAAGGAGGGGCUGCAUCCCCGGAAGAGGAGGCCAAGUCCCCAGCCGAGGCCAAGUCCCCAGUGAAAGAAGAGGCCAAGUCUCCAGCCGAGGCCAAAUCCCCCGAGAAGGCCAAGUCCCCAGUGAAGGAAGAGGCCAAGUCCCCAGCUGAAGUCAAAUCUCCAGCCGAGGCCAAAUCCCCAGCCGAGGCCAAGUCCCCCGAGAAGGCCAAGUCACCAGCCGAAGCCAAAUCCCCCGAGAAGGCCAAGUCCCCAGUGAAGGAGGAGGCCAAGUCCCCUGAGAAGGCCAAGUCCCCAGUUGAAGUCAAAUCUCCAGCCGAGGCCAAAUCCCCCGAGAAGGCCAAGUCCCCAGUGAAGGAAGAGGCCAAGUCUCCAGCCGAGGCCAAGUCCCCCGAGAAGGCCAAGUCCCCCGUGAAAGAAGAGGCCAAGUCCCCUGAGAAGGCCAAGUCUCCAGUGAAGGAGGAGGCCAAGUCCCCCGAGAAGGCCAAGUCCCCAGUGAAGGAAGAGGCCAAGUCCCCCGAGAAGGCCAAGUCCCCUGAGAAGGCCAAGUCCCCAGUGAAGGAGGAGGCCAAGUCCCCCGAGAAGGCCAAGUCCCCAGUGAAGGAGGAGGCCAAGUCCCCUGAGAAGGCCAAGUCCCCAGUGAAGGAGGAGGCCAAGUCCCCCGAGAAGGCCAAGUCCCCUGAGAAGGCCAAGUCCCCAGUGAAGGAGGAGGCCAAGUCCCCCGAGAAGGCCAAGUCCCCUGAGAAGGCCAAGUCCCCAGUGAAGGAGGAGGCCAAGUCCCCCGAGAAGGCCAAGUCCCCAGUGAAGGAGGAGGCCAAGUCCCCCGAGAAGGCCAAGUCCCCAGUGAAGGAGGAGGCCAAGUCCCCAGAGAAGGAGACCCCCAAGAAGGAGGAGGUGAAAGUCAAAGAGCCCCCAAAGAAGGUGGAGGAGACAGCCCCCGCCCCACCGAAAGUGGAGAAGGACAGCAAGAAAGACGAGGCACCCAAGAAGGAGGCCCCAAAGCCUGCUGUAGAAAAGCCCAAAGAAUCUACAGCUGAAGCCAAGAAGGACGAGGCUGAAGAUAAGAAAACAGCAGCUCCUGCCAAGGUGGAGGGGAAGGAGGAGGCUAAACCCAAAGAGAAGACGGAGGUGGCCAAGAAGGAGCCGGAGGAUGCCAAGGCCAAAGAACCCAGCAAACCCACGGAGAAGGAGCCCGAGAAGCCCAAGAAGGAGGAGACCCCCGCAGCCCCGGUGAAGAAGGAUGCCAAGGAGGAGGCCAGGAAGCCCGAGGAGAAACCCAAGACGGAGGCCAAGGCCAAGGAGGAUGACAAGGCCCUCUCAAAAGAGCCCAGCAAACCCAAGACGGAGAAGGCAGAGAAAUCCUCCAGCACGGACCAGAAAGAUAGCAGGCCUCCGGAGAAAGCCACAGAAGACAAGGCCGCCAAGGGGGAGAAAUAGAGCGGGAAGAAGGGACGUCCCAGAGCAGCCAAAGACUCGGGGGGAGGGUGGUCCUGGAACUCAAGGGCCGGUGUAAGGAAUUUCCCUUCCCUCCUCCCUUUUCUUUAUGUAAGAAGAAACUCUGCUUAGACGACGGGCCCUCCUUUGCCAAACAGGAAUUUCUGUUAGCGACAUGUUAGCGAGAGGGCGCCGACACCCACAUCCCAACCCUCCCUAGGCGAUGGACAAUUAUGUUAUGAUAGCUUAUGUAGCCGAAUGUGAUGUACGCCGAAUGCCACACGUAAACACUUGACACAAACUGCCCCACCUCCUUUCCAAAUAAGUGCAUUUAUUUCCUGUAUGUACAACUGACUGAUGACCGCAGUAACGAACGAGCAGUUAGACAUGCAUUACGCUUGAGAUGUCUUAACCUACUCCCGAAUGCCUUCUGUUUUCCAAAACAGUGGUCAAGCCCUCACCCCGAGCUCUCUGUCCUGGAAGAGCUGGAGCAGGUGGGGCUGGGCUGUGGCCACCGAACCAAGCCAGGGCGCACUUUCCACUGGAGUUCACUUUCAAUUGCUUCUGUGCAAUAAAACCAAGUGCUUAUAACAUGGAA